AUGGAAGAAGAUACCUUGCUCGAAUCUAGCGAGUCCAGUAAUCUGGGACAGAAGGAGGCGAGGGCUCUUCUUCGGAUAAACAUCGAAGAGUAUAAAUUCACCACCUCCAAAAUCAACAAGAACAUUUCCAAUUUUUCAGCAUGGCACAAUCGCACCAAAUUGAUUCCUAAGAUUUAUGACUUAUUUGGUGAGCUCGAUACUACCAAUGAUCACGCUGAUGUCAGACAUGUGUUUGCCAGACCGCAGACAAUUUUGCAACAUGAGCUAGAGUUGGUCAAAACUGGCAUGUUCAUGGAUUCUGACGAUACCUCGAUCUGGCUCUAUCUACAAUGGCUCUUGACGAACCCUUUUUUCGUCGAUGAUUUACGUAAAGUCUCACCAACAUGUUACCUUGAUGUUCUCAAUGCACAACUCGCAAUAGUGGAAGAGCUUAAUGAACUCGAACGCGAGGAUCAUCCCAAGGGCUGGGACCAUCGUUGGUGCUUACGCUGCAUUCUUCUCAUUAAGAGUUUGAUCCGUGAAGAAACGUCCGAAAUUGGUGCUCUAGACGAUAUGUCGCGGAAAAUGCUUCAGUCAUUAACAGAGAUUGAUCCUCUUAGAAAGUGUCGCUACUUGGACCAAUUGGAAGGAACCGGAACACUGUCAAGUUUGGCCUUCUAA